GACGCGGACGCACCGAGCAUGAGCACCAAGCACCUCAAGAAGGGUGACGCGCAACCGGCGCCGCCGGAAGGCGGGAAGCUGCGGCUGUACUCGAUGGCGUUCUGCCCGUACUCCCACCGCGCCAGGCUGGCGCUGGCGGCCAAGGGCGUGCCCUUCGACAUCGUCAACAUCAACCUGCUGGACAAGCCCGACUGGCUCACCUCGGUGCAGCCGCAGGGCAAGGUGCCCGCGCUCGACGCCGGCGGCGGCCAGAUCGUCAUCGAGUCGCUGGACAUCGCCGACUUCCUGGACGGAAAGUUCCCCGAGCCACCACUCUGGCCGGCCGACGCAGACACCAAGGCGCGCCACAAGAAGCUCAUCGAUGACUUUGGCAAGGUAACGAAGAUCUUCCACGAAGCAGUUUAUGACAAGGAGAAGCGUCCGCUGGGAGACUACCUGGAGGAGAUCGUGGCUGCUCUGCAGCCUUUCGAAGACGAGCUGGCUGCUGGCGGUAACACCUUUUUCGGAGGCACCCAGCCUGGUAUGUUGGAUUACAUGAUCUGGCCGUGGGCAGAGCGUGCCAAGGUGCCCAGCAUCAUCAACAAGCAGGAGAUGAACUUCCCCAAGGACAAGUUCCCAAAACUCCUGGCGUGGCGCGACGCCAUGAAGGAAGACGCAGCGGUGAAGGCGCAGGCCGUGGACACGGAGCGGCAUGCGCGCUUCAGCAGCGCCUACGUAGACGGCACACUCGACUACGACAGCGUCUAGACGUUCGACCCUCUACCUGGCCGGGAGGGCGCCACCAAAAGAACAUGACAAUAAGGCGGCGGGACAGCAGUGGCCGCUGCGAUGGCUGCGAGCUCUGUCUAGCUAGUACUGCAACGAGGGAACCAAAUUGCUUCAGCAUGAUUCCAAUCAACUUGUAAUAGAUAUAUCGCUUUAUCUAGAUUUUCUUACAUAUUUAUAGAAACUAUAUCAUCUGCUUGGAAGAAUAAAAUUAUUGCAAAAUU